GUCAAACUACUUGUUAGCGAAAUAAAUAAAUCAAAUAUAGUAUUUACCGGACUCAUAAAUGGAGAAGGUGAUAACUUGGUGCACUUCCUUUGCCAUAGCGGUGACAUCAACGAAUUGAUUUUGUUGCAUGAUUUCAUCAAUGACGAAAAUAGGUACACUUUGGUGGAAUACAAUAGGAAACAACAACAGUGUGUACACAUUGUCGCAUCCCAGCAAUAAGACGCCGUUGAAAAGAUGAAACUCCUGACACUCUGGGGCGCAAACGUCAAUGGAAAGGAGUUGAAAGGAGGGGAUACACCUUUGCAUCUCGCAGUGAGGGCUCAGAACUACACCUUGGUAGAAUGGCUGUGUCAGCAGCCCAACGUCAACAAAGAAGCUAUGAACAACGACUUAAUGACGCCGUACCAUAUUGCCUUCUUUGCCAGGGAUGAUAAGAUGAUGGACGUCUUGAAGCAGAACGGUGUACAAUGCAGGGUUCCCCUGCAGUCGGAGACCAAUUCUUAUGAUGAGGACUACGAACCAGAGUGCAAGUUUCAAAGGUUUUAA